UGCCCCGAUAGCAGCUUGCUGGGGCUGGUUGAAAUCCGCACCCCGUAGUUCUAGCCGCCGGCCCUCCGUUGCUCGGUCGACCGGCCGCAGAGGAUACGUCGGAGCCCGCCAUGGCUUCUCUCGUCGCCACGGCGACGGAGACGCUGUUGUCGACGGUCACCGUGACCGUCGGUACGGCUGCCGCCGCCGCCACCGGCCCCCCUCCGCAAGGCGGCAUCUUGGAGGGGGUUAUGCCGAAUGCCUUCAUCGCGUCGAACCCGAUCCAGCUCUUCAUCAUUCAGGCCGGCAUCAUCAUCAUCCUCUGCAGGCUCCUCUAUUAUCCCUUGUCCUUCUUCGGUCAGCCUCGCGUUAUCGCCGAGGUGGUUGGCGGUAUCAUCCUCGGCCCCUCCGUUCUAGCCCGCAUCCCGGGCUUUCAGGCGGCCAUAUUUCCCACCGAAUCUAUGCCUGUCCUGAACAAUGCGGCCAACAUCGGUCUCGUCUUGUUCCUCUUCCUCAUCGGCCUCGAGGUCGAUAUCCGCCUGUUCACUUCCAAUUGGCGCGUCGCGUUGAGCGUGGGCCUGGCCGGUAUGAUUCUGCCCUUCGGCCUGGGUUGCGGCAUCGCCUACGGCCUGUACUACCAGUUCAAGGACGAACCCAACACCGUCCAGAUUGACUUUGGUGUCUAUGCGCUCUUCAUCGGUACCGCCCUCGCCAUCACCGCGUUCCCCGUGCUCUGUCGUAUCCUCUCUGAGCUUAACCUGCUGGGCACGCCGGUGGGCGUUACCGUCCUGGCUGCUGGCGUCGGAAACGACGUGGUGGGCUGGAUUCUGCUCGCGCUCUGCGUUGCCCUCGUCAACAACGCCAACGGAUUGGCUGCGCUUUGGGUUCUUCUCGUCGCCGUAGGUUGGGUGCUCUUUCUCGUUUUUGCCGUGAAGCCGCUCUUUCACUGGGCCUUGAGGAAGACGGGCAGCAUCCAGAAUGGCCCAACCCAGGCCAUGGUUGGCGUCACCAUCCUCCUCGUCCUCGUUUCGUCUUGGUUCACCAGCAUCAUCGGUGUGCACGCCAUUUUCGGCGCAUUCUUGGUCGGCUUGAUUUGCCCCCACGAUGGCGGUUUCGCCAUCCACGUCACCGAAAAGAUCGAGGAUUUGGUCACCGUCCUCUUCCUGCCCCUUUACUUCGCUCUUUCCGGGUUGAGUACGGAUUUGGGCCUCCUCAAUGACGGAAUUACUUGGGGCUACGUUGUCGGCGUCAUCGCCGUUGCUUUCACCGGUAAGAUCGUUGGUGGCACGUUGGCUGCGAGAGCGAUGAAAUUGGUUUGGAGAGAGAGUUUAACGAUAGGUGUCUUGAUGAGUUGUAAGGGCUUGGUGGAACUCAUCGUCCUGAACAUCGGCCUUCAGGCAAGAAUAUUGUCGCAGAAGACAUUCACCAUGUUCGUCGUCAUGGCGCUAGUAACUACUGUUAGCACGACACCUCUCACCAAAUGGCUCUACCCCCCGUGGUACCAGAAGAAGCUCGAGCAGUGGAAGCGGGGUGAGAUCGAUUGGGAUGGGAAACCGUUGCAGGACCCAUCUCAGCCCGGCCCCUUAGCUCAGAUCCAAAACGCCGAGAUCCGUCGCCUCCUCGUAUAUCUUCGCCUGGAUAGUCUUCCGAGUCUCUUCACAUUUAUGUCUCUUCUAGGCGACGACAAGGCGACGCCCAGGGACGAGAAGGCUCAAAACCCGGCUCCUGAAGAGGACCCCUCCCAGCCUCCGCUUUCUCAAACGCGGCGACCCCUAGAGGCUCACGCUUUACGUAUCCUGGAGCUGACCGACCGCACGUCGUCCGUGAUGAAAUCUACCGAGGGCGAUGACUAUUCUCGACGGGACCCUGUCGUCAACGCGUUCAGGACGUUCUCCCAGCUGCACGAUGUGGCCAUUUCGAGCAGCGUCAUCAUCGCUCCCGAGGACUCGUACGCUCGCACCGUUGUGGAUCAGGCUUCGACCCAGGAAUCAGACUUUGUGCUGAUUCCCUGGAGCGAAGUCGGGAGCAAUACCGAGGAUCAAUCCAUCCCGCAUAGGGUCUCCUCGGAAGACCGAUUUUCUGGAAAGUCGCACCUCGAGUUCAUCCGGCAAUCGCUAACGACGGCCGUCUGCGACACGGGAAUCUUUAUCGGCAACAGGUUCGGUGGCACUACGUCGAGUAGCACGGGCCGCCCACCGCUUCCCCGGACUAUCAGCCAGGUCUCGAUGCGCAGCCAAAGAGAGGCUGUUCUGCCACCUCUCGUCGACAAGUCCCAUCACGUUUUCUUCCCUUACGUCGGAGGUGUCGAUGACCGAGCUGCCCUACGCUUCGUCCUUCAGCUUGCUAAGAACAGACUCAUCACGGCCACGAUUGCCAACUUGCGCUUCUCCCAGAAUGGCAACCGAGGUUCGGCCGUCUCGGAGGGCGACAUGGCCCCUGCUUCGCCGGUAUCGUCCGUUUCUAAGGGCGCCAUAAACACCGAGGUCACGGCAGAAGAUAUAACCCUGAUAGCUUCUCUGAAAGCCAAUUUGCCUACCGAGCUAGCUAGUCGUGUAAAUUUUGUCGACCUCUCCGUCUCUAACAGCUCCGUGGUCGAGGAGGUGACAAAACUUGCCAAGGACACGGUCGGCAAGAACUCGCUGAACGCAGGGGAUGUCGUAAUCGUUGGGCGUCGACACCCCCGCCUCCCCGUUGAAGCGCGCACGUUGGAUCAGAGCAACACAGAGUACGAUGUGCAAAAGACGAUAGGGGUCUUCGGGCAGGUUUUGGCCAUGGGCGACGUACGGGCCAGCGUUCUGGUUAUUCAGGCUGGGAACUCGGGGUCCGAGUAACAAUUUUGACGAAUUUUGACGAAGGAUUACGGAUGAUGAUGGUGGUGGUUGGUGAUGGCUUAACGAUUCAAAUACCAGGAGUCUCGGUCUGAUUCCCAGGUUGUCCUGCAUUGCUUAAUCCUCGCGGUACAGGCGGGGUGGGUUGCUCGUACGCGUCUCCCGCGCCUGGCAAACGAGGAUGUAUAUAUAUAUAUAUAUCACUCAGUAACGGCUUUUAGAUAAAGCGGGCACAGCUGAGGUUUGGAUAUCUAGAUAUCACGCAUGAAACACGUAUAUUCGAGAUGGGACUGCUUCUUGGUGCUCUGAUGGCCGUUUACCUCUAGGUAUUGACGAUGACCAUAUAAUGAUUAGAUGCUUAGGUGGUUAAACAGCAACAGUACUGGGAACACACACACAUGUAUAUGCCUGGGCUAUCGAG